CAUCUUGCGAGCCCUCCCCGUCGCCAGCGGGAAUUUGGAAUUGCGAGGCAACGGAUUUUGGCGCCAAAAUGUCUCGGCGAUGGAGCGGAAUCUGUUCUACCGCCUUCCCGGUCAGCCUGUGGCGAGCUCAUCCGGUGAAGUCCGAGGAGGAGCUGAUACACCGCCGGAGAAGAUGCCGCGUCAGAUCCCACCGGCAAACCUUCUCUGCGAGUGCCAACGGCGGAGGUUCUUCGCUCUUCUCCAGCAGUAUUAUGCACAAGUUCGUCAAGGUUCCAAACAGGUUAACUCCUAACAAGUCAGCGUUCGUCGCCAUUUGCCAGUGUUACUUUCUUAUCUUUUCCAAUUUUAUUUGGAUCAUUCUAGGGUUUGGCUCUUCUGCGAGAUGUGAAUCUUUAUUGAAUGCGCUAGUUUUGCCAGCGAAUUGAGCUUUGGAGUUUAUUUAGGGGGGAUGGUGGUAUUGCAGGAACCUGUGAACGAGGAACCAUUGAUGAGAAUUCAGUAAAAAGAUAGUGUCCUUAACUCCGAUAAGCUAUGAGGUUUCUUACUCUCUAAUAGGGAUGAUAGAUGAUGGUGUCUUGUGGCCUGAGACACGUGAUGAGCAACCCCUCUUUUGGCGACUACAGCGAAUUCAUGAAGACAUUCCUAAGUUAGGUGACAUGGAUGAUUGUUCCUUGUGUUGGAUAAUGGCAAGAGAGCUAAACUUCUACCACGGUCCACCACCUUGGGGAAGAAUCAGGGAGAGAUGUGUGAUGAUUUAGCUAGCUCGUUUGAAUGGCUUAACCCUUCUGGACUUAAGGAUGCUAAUAGGAGGAGGAGGCCUGAUCAUUCUCUUUAUCACAAAAAAGAAGCUUUACAUUCCACCUGACGUGUUGAGGAAGAUGUCGGCAUCUCAGAAGCAAUAUGGGACUGUCAAAUGUCAGUACAUGGUGGUUCUACUUUUCUUUGCAGUGGAAAAUCAUGGGCUGGAUAAUGUUGGAAUGAGUUAUGGAUUUGAUUUUGUUGAUUGUGCUGCUCUGCGAUUUUGGAUUGGCUCCAUAGAAGAUGCUGCUUGCUCUUCUGAUUUGGGGGCACUGUUAAUGCAAAUGUGGCCUAAAGAAGUUAUAUAUGAAAGUCAAGGUCCCACAGCACCUCGGUUGACUCCCGUACUGCCUGCUACUACUGGUUUUGCUGAUGCAUCUGAAGCGUGUGCAUGGCCGGCUGAGAGUGAAGUGUGGGUGUACAGGGGAAGUGACCAAGGGAAGAAGAGAAACAAAACAAAUUGCCGGAGAGAAAGUUUCAGAAACGGUCGCCGGAGAAGAAAAAUGGAGGUGAUGGAGGCGGAGCCAAUGACGAACAGGAAGAGCAAGAAGAAGAGGAUCGAGCUGGGGAUCUCCUGUAUGCUGAACACGGAAGUCUCCUCUGUCCUCGCCGUGCUCCGCCGCCCGCCGGCAGACCCCACGGCGGCGCAAUUCCUCUCUCAGGAGGAAAAAAACUCCGACAACGCGCUGGUCCACACGUUCAAAUUCCUCCGGACCCUAAUCUUCAACCCGCCACAGGACUGGCAGACCAUGGACCCAGCCGUCUACCUGACCCCGUUCCUCGACGCCAUUCAAUCCGACGACAUCCCCGCCGCGGCCACCUCCAUCGCACUCUGCUCCAUCCUCAAGAUCCUCACCGUCGGGAUCUUCGACGAGCGCACCACGGGGGCCAGGGACGCGAUCAACUCCGUCGUGAUGGGAAUCACGUGCUGCCGGCUGGAGCGGACCGACCCAGUCUCGGAGGACUCCAUCAUGAUGCGGAUCCUCCAGAUCCUAACGGCGAUCAUGAAGCACCGAACCGCCAUCCUGCUCGCCGACCAGGCCGUCUGCACCGCCGUCAACACUUGCUUCCAGGUCGUGCAGCAGUCGGCGAGCAGGGGCGACUUGUUGCAGCGGAGCGCCAGGUACACGAUGCACGAAUUGGUGCGGAUGAUCUUCUCGAAGCUCCAGGACAUCGAGGUGAAACAGGGGGAGGAAUUGGAGACAGACAUUGACGAUGAUGCUGAUUUCGACGGGAAUCUGGACUCGGGGUAUGGGAUCCGGAGCGCGGUGGACAUCUUCCAUUUCCUCUGCUCGUUGCUCAAUGUCGUGGAAGUUGUGGAGAGCGAAGGGAAUCUGUACAGGACUUCUGAUGAGGAUGUUCAGCUUUUCGCCCUGGUUUUGAUCAAUUCGGCGAUCGAGCUCAGUGGAGACGCCAUUGGCAAUCAUCCCAAGCUUCUGAGGAUGAUUCAGGAUGAUUUGUUCCAUCAUUUGAUUCACUAUGGAACUUCCUCCAGCCCACUCGUUUUGUCCAUGAUCUGCAGCACCGUGCUCAACAUUUACCAUUUCCUGCGCAGAUUUGUUCGUCUGCAGUUGGAAGCCUUCUUCAAGUUCGUGCUACUCCGAGUGGCAUCUGCCGGAAUCUCAGCUCAGCUCCAGGAAGUGGCAAUUGAAGGAAUCAUCGACUUCUGCAGGCAACCAACCUUCAUCAUCGAAGCAUACGUGAACUACGACUGCGACCCGGUCUGCAUCAACGUGUUCGAGGAAACCGCAAAGCUACUCUGCAAGCUCUCGUCCCCGGGCGCCAGCCCGUCCACUUCACUGCAAGCUCAAGCAUUCGAGGGUCUCGUCGGAAUCAUCCACAACAUCGCCGAGAACAUCAACCGAGAAGGCGAUUCCACGCCUUCGGGUCCUUACCCGGUUCACAUCACGGAGUAUAGCAAGUUCUGGAUGGACAGGCCGCUCGACGGCAGCGAAGCCUCCAUAUCAUACCUCCGAACUAGGAAAGCACAGAAGAGAAAGCUCGUAAUCGCCGGGAACCAUUACAGCAGAGAAGAGAGGAAAGGUUUGGAGUAUCUCCGGUUAAGCCUGAUGUUCCCGGACCAGCCCGACCCGAAAGAUUACGCCUUCUUCUUCCGGCUCACCCCGGGGCUUGACAAAACCAUGAUCGGCAAUUACCUGGGCGAUCCUGAUGACUUCCACAUUCAAGUUCUGAAGGAGUUCACCUGCACAUUCGAAUUCUCCGGCAUGAUCCUCGACACGGCCCUCCGCUCCUAUCUCGCCACGUUCCGGCUACCCGGAGAGUCGCAGAAGAUCCAGAGGAUCCUCGAAGCAUUUUCCGAGCAAUUCUACGAGCAACAGCCUUCUGACAUCUUCGCCGGGAAAGAUGCGGUCUUUGUCCUCUGCUACUCUCUCAUCAUGCUCAAUACCGACCAGCACAACCCUCAGGUGAAGAAGAAGAUGACGGAGGAAGAGUUCAUCCGGAACAACAGAGCAAUCAACGCCGGGGAGGAUCUGCCGAGGGAGUACUUAUCUGAGCUUUUCCAGUCAAUCUCCAGGAAGGCGAUCUCGCUCUUCGUCCAGACCGGCGGUCAGCCCGAGAUGAACCCAGGGCUGUGGGUCGAGCUGAUAAGCGCUUCGAAGACACUCCAACCAUUCUAUCUCGCCGAUUUCGACCGCCGGUUGGGCCGGGACAUGUUCUCCUCCGUCGCUGGGCCGGCGGUGGCGGCUCUCACCGCUUUCUUUGAACAGGCCGACGAGGACGAGCUGUUCCACGAGUGUGUCGAAGCGCUGAUCUCCGUUGCCAGAAUUGCUCAGUACGGGCUAGAAGACGCUCUCGACGAGAUGCUCGCUUCGCUCUGCAAAUGCACGACGCUGCUGAACCCUUACGCCUCGUCGGAGGAGACUCUGUUCGCGUUCAGCCACGACCUGAAGCCUCGAAUGGCCGUUCUCGCAGUUUUCAGCAUCGCGAACAAUUUCGGCAGAGCGAUUCGCGACGCGUGGAGGCCGAUCUUGGACUGCCUGUUGAAGUUGAAGAAGCUCAAGCUUCUCCCCUCGUCGGUGAUCGAGCUCGACAGCUCCUCCGAUUCGGAACAAUCCCAAAACAACGGAAGCGUUGGCAGUGGCGGAGUAGGAGUAAUUUUUACUUCUUCCUCUCAAGAUCAAAGAUCGCGGUCCACCACCAUGAUCAGCAAAUUCUCCCACUUUUUCUCUAUAGACAGCAUGGAGGAAUCGUUAUCACUCGGUCUCAACGAAUUCGAGCAGAAUCAGAAGGUGAUCAAGCAAUGCCAGAUUGGAAGCAUUUUCACAAACAGCUGGAACUUGCCCAACGAGACUCUGCUCUACCUCGGCCGCUCUCUGAUCUUCGCCUCCGCGGGAAAAGGUCAGAAAUUCGCUACUCCGAUCGAGGAAGAAGAAACCAUCGAGUUCUGCUGGGAUCUGAUCGCCGCCCUCUCCUUUGCCAACAUCAACCGAUUGCAGGACUUCUGGCCUUCGUACCACGACAAUCUCGUCGAAGCAAUCCAUUUCCCUCUGUUUUCCGCGAUCCCAUUUGCAGAGAAAGUCAUAAUUGCGCUCUUCAGAAUAUGCCUCAAGCUUCUUUCUUCCGCCAGACUCGACAAGCUCCCCGAAGAGCUCAUCUUCAAAUCCAUCAACCUGAUGUGGACGAUCGACAAGCAGAUUCUCGACACGUGUUGCGAAUCCAUCACUAAGUCCGUCAGCAAGAUCCUGAUCGAGUACCCUGCCAACUUGCAGAGCUUUUUGGGCUGGAAAUCGGUGCUGCAUCUCUUAUCGGUCUCCGGUCGCCAUCUAGAGACAUAUGAUCAAAGCGUCGAGACGCUGAUCAUGUUGAUCUCCGAUCAAACCCAUGUUUCCAGGACGAAUUACCCAUUCUGCAUCGACUGCACAUUCGGAUUUGUCGCCCUGAAGAACAGCCCCCUGGAGAAAAACCUGAAGAUUCUCGACCUGUUGGCAGAAUCAGUCACAUUGCUAGUCGAAUGGUACAAGAACUAUUCCGACCCGGGGAUCAACAUGAAUUUCAGCACAGCAAGCACUGGGAGCAACCCUGAAUUCAGCCUGUCUACGUUCUCGAUCAACCUGUUCAUCAAGCUGGGAGAGGCGUUCAGGAAAACCAGUCUGGCGAGGCGGGAGGAGAUAAGGAACCACGCGAUCAAGUCUCUUCGGAGGAGCUUCGAGUUGGCCGAGGAACUCGACUUCUCGCCCGCCAACUGCAUGAACUACUUCAACCUUGUGGUGUUCGCGAUGGUGGACGAUCUCCACGAGAAGAUGAUCGAGUACUCGAGGCGGGAAGGGGCUGAGAGGGAAGUGAGGAGCAUGGAAGGGACGUUGAUGCUGGCGAUGGAGUUGCUGACGGAUGUUUACCUGCAGUUCCUGAAGCAGAUUGCGGCGAGCCUCGGGUUCAGGACGUUCUGGCUGGGUGUGUUGAGGAGGAUGGAUACCUGUAUGAAGGCUGAUCUUGGGGUUUAUGGUGAGGCCAAGCUGCAGGAGGUGAUUCCAGUACUUUUGAGGAAGAUGAUUACGAGGAUGAAAGGAGAUGAGAUUUUGGUGCAGAAGGAAGAUGAUGAUCUGUUUGAGGUUACGUAUAUUCAGAUACAGUGGAUUGCGCCUUCUCUCAAGCAGGAAUUGUUUCCAGAGCUGGAGAUUUAGAGGGCCAGUUUUUUUGGUUUAGGUAGAAAUUUUUUGGUUCAAUCUUUGUUCGGCUGUGUGUAAUUUUUUUGAGCAAAAAAUAGGUUAGUUUUAGUACUGCUUUGGCUAACCUGAAUGAGUGUAUAUAUGAUACAUACACAAGUAACUGGUGAUGUUUUGAUCUGAUCGAAAACGAUUGAAGUACUUCUUGACGAGUUUUGAUUGUCAUAUUGGAUGACUUUUUAGUUUUGGG